UAUAGGAAUCUGGUAAUUGAAAAAUAAAAUAAUAAAAACAUUAGGGAUGCUCCUCUCGUAGUAUCUUUCUGCCGCGUUUUCAUACCAGAGAAACCUCCGGCAGUCGUGCUCUCUCCGGCAUCCGUCAUUCACUGUUCUCCGCCUCUCUUCUCAUUGAAAUGGAAAUCAAUUUGGGGAAACUUGCAUUUGACAUUGAUUUUCAUCCGUCUGAAAAUCUCGUUGCUUCAGGACUCAUAGACGGAGACCUUCACUUGUAUCGUUAUAGCUCGGAUAACACUAAUAGCGACCCAGUGAGGGUGUUGGAAGUUCAUGCUCACACCGAGUCUUGCAGAGCUGCUCGAUUCAUCAACGGUGGACGUGCGGUGUUGACGGGUUCUCCCGAUUUCUCGAUACUGGCUACAGAUGUGGAAACUGGAUCUACCAUUGCACGACUUGAUAAUGCUCAUGAGGCUGCAGUCAAUCGAUUGAUAAACUUGACUGAGUCAACCGUUGCUUCAGGAGACGAUGAUGGUUGUAUUAAGGUUUGGGAUACCAGAGAACGUUCUUGUUGCAAUUCAUUUGAAGCCCACGAGGAUUACAUUUCAGACAUUACUUUUGCAUCUGACGCAAUGAAAAUAUUGGCCACAAGUGGAGACGGGACUCUUUCUGUUUGCAAUCUUCGACGAAAUAAAGUCCAAGCCCAAUCUGAAUUUUCUGAAGAUGAGCUGUUGUCUGUGGUUUUAAUGAAGAAUGGCAGGAAAGUUGUUUGCGGAUCACAAACUGGAAUCCUGCUAUUGUAUUCAUGGGGAUGCUUCAAGGAUUGCAGUGAUCGAUUCGUUGAUCUUGCUUCAAACUCUAUUGAUACCAUGUUAAAGCUUGAUGAAGAUAGGAUUAUUACUGGAUCAGAGAAUGGGAUGAUCAACUUGGUUGGGAUAUUGCCAAACAGAAUCAUUGAGCCAAUUGCAGAACACUCUGAAUAUCCUGUUGAGCGUCUUGCAUUCUCUCAUGAUAGAAAGUUUCUUGGAAGUAUUGGACAUGAUCAAAUGCUAAAGCUAUGGGAUUUAGAUAAUAUACUGCAAGGUUCGAGAAGCACACAGAGAAAUGAAACUGGGGUGGUUGCCAAUGACGGCGACAGUGACGACGGAGAUGAGAUGGAUGUAGAUAACAGUGCUUCUAAGUUUUCUAAAGGGAACAAGAGAAAGAAUGCAAGUAACGGGCAUGCUGUAGGUGAUUCAAACAACUUCUUUGCAGAUUUAUAGGACAUGCAAGUGUGAUUUUCUUAUCAAUAAGCAUAUAAAGUUUAAGGUGUCCCUUUGCAAAAUUUAUUCUUAAAUUCCGUACCUUGUCUGGGAGAUAAAUUGUAGUACCACAGACCCUCUCCAAAAUCAUCAAACCCAUAUUUGCCCUAAACAUCCAGUUUUGAUAACCAAACUCAGUUCUUUAUUUACUUAUUUAUAGUUUGUUUUGCUUUCUAAA